AUGGCUGUUCUGAUUUGCCCUCCUCCAUGCCAUGGCCUAAAGGAGUUUAGGAUAAGAAGGGGAAUGUGGAGAUUGUGCCUGGUUCACUAUUUUUAUCUAGCCUCCUCAACUUUGUAUGUAUUGAGGAUUGAUGUCUUAAAUUACAGUUCCAAAGAUGAGGGGCCUUCUGCUGAAGGGCCACAGAGGAACACCAGUCUGGGAUGGAUUCAGGGCAAGCAAGUCACGGUGCUGGGAAGCCCUGUGCCUGUGAAUGUGUUCCUCGGAGUCCCCUUUGCUGCUCCCCCGCUGGGAUCCCUGCGAUUUACGAACCCGCAGCCUGCAUCGCCCUGGGAUAACUUGCGAGAAGCCACCUCCUACCCUAAUUUGUGCCUCCAGAACUCAGAGUGGCUGCUUUUAGAUCAACACAUGCUCAAGGUGCAUUACCCCAAAUUCGGAGUGUCAGAAGACUGCCUCUACCUGAACAUCUAUGCCCCUGCCCACGCCAAUGCAGGCUCCAAGCUCCCCGUCUUGGUGUGGUUCCCAGGGGGUGCCUUCAAGACUGGCUCAGCCUCCACCUUUGAUGGGUCCACCCUGGCUGCCUAUGAGGACGUGCUGGUUGUGGUCGUCCAGUACUGGCUGGGAAUAUUUGGUUUCUUCACCACAUGGGAUCAGCACGCUCUGGGGAACUGGGCCUUCAAGGACCAGGUAGCUGCUCUGUCCUGGGUCCAGAAGAACAUCGAGUUCUUCGGUGGGGACCCCAGCUCUGUGACCAUCUUUGGCGAGUCUGCAGGAGCCAUAAGUGUUUCUAGUCUUGUACUGUCUCCCAUGGCCAAAGGCUUAUUCCACAAAGCCAUCAUGGAGACUGGGGUGGCCAUCAUCCCUUACCUGAAGGCCCAUGAUUAUGAGAAGAGUGAGGAUCUGCAAGUGGUUGCACAUUUCUGUGGUAACAAUGCAUCAGACUCUGAGGCCCUGCUGAGGUGCCUGAGGACAAAAUCCUCCAAGGAGCUGCUGACCCUCAGCCAGUGGUUCUCAAACUUGAACAUGCAUCAGGAUCACCUGGAGGACUGGCUACAAGAAGGUUCCUGGGCUACACCCCAACCCCAGAGUUUCUUACUGAGGAGCCUGAAAAAACAGUCUUUCACUCGAGUGGUUGAUGGUGAUUUCUUUCCUAAUGAGCCUCUAGAUCUAUUGUCUCAGAAAGCAUUUAAAGCAAUUCCUUCCAUCAUCGGAGUCAAUAACCACGAGUGUGGCUUCCUGCUGCCUAUGAAGGAGGCUCCUGAGAUCCUCAGUGGCUCCAACAAGUCCCUUGCCCUCCAUCUGAUACAAAACAUCCUGCACAUCCCGCCUCAGUAUUUGCACCUUGUGGCUAAUGAAUACUUCCAUAACAAGCACUCCCUGACUGAAAUCCGAGACAGUCUUCUGGACUUGCUUGGAGAUGUGUUCUUUGUGGUCCCUGCACUGAUCACAGCUCGAUAUCACAGAGAUGCUGGUGCACCUGUCUACUUCUAUGAGUUUCGGCACCGGCCUCAGUGCUUUGAAGACACGAAGCCAGCUUUUGUCAAAGCCGACCAUGCUGAUGAAGUCCGCUUUGUGUUCGGUGGUGCCUUCCUGAAGGGUGACAUUGUUAUGUUCGAAGGAGCCACGGAGGAGAAGUUACUGAGCCAGAAGAUGAUGAAAUACUGGGCUACCUUUGCUCGAACCAGGAAUCCUAAUGGGGACCACCUGUCUCUGUGGCCAGCCUAUAAUCUGACUGAGCAGUAUCUGCAGCUGGACUUGAACAUGAGCCUUGGACAGAGGCUCAAAGAACCGUGGGUGGAGUUUUGGACCAGCACCAUCCCCCUGAUUCUGUCUGCCUCCGACAUGCUUCACAGUCCUCUUUCUUCCUUAACUUUCCUCUCUCUCCUCCAGCCUUUCUUUUUCUCUUGUGCUCCUUGAGAAGUUAUCUUUCUGUGAUUUUGGUUUCCCUUCUCCUCCUACAAUUUUUCCUGCAAUCAUUAGCUUCUU